AUAUAUCGGUAUUGGUUGAUAUCGUAAUCGGAAAUGAAGUGUUUGGACAAGAGCACAGACGAGAGCACAGAGAAGGUGAAUUUGGAAAUGUCUUUUAAAUGCGAACAAAAUCACAAAGACAUCAGAUACUGUGUCACUUCGAAAUCGUGUACAGGAGUCAGACCUGCUGAGAUCUACUGUAACGGGUAUGAGUAUCUUCAACCUGCCAGUAGUCCGCCAUCGACAGCGGGUCAUUAUGAGUGGCUGGGUUUGCCGAUUCUGAUCGUUGCAUUGAUCAUUUCAAUUUGCAUCGUCAAGAAAUUCAAAAAAACAUCUCUUUCCAAAAAAGAGAAAGUGCUGUCAAGGAAGGCAGCAGAGAUCGAAAGUGGAGAUUAUGAAGAAGUCCACAGUGACGCAAACGAAAUGGAGGAGUUGGACAAAAGAACGUCAAGAUCACCGACUGAGAGUCUUACAGCCGAACAAGCUCGCGGCUCCCCCUCUUUGACCAACGGUAAAGAAGCCAAGGCCCAGCCACUGAACUCAGAGCAUUUAGAGGAUACUCCAAAAGUCAGCCUUUCAGAAAACUGUCACGGGCUGGUCAAAAUAGAUGGCAUAGAAGUGCGAAAUCUAAUGCUGACUACUACCAUUCUUACCAUUUCCAUCAUGAGCUUGGCCAGUGUUGGAGGGUAACGGGAAUGUGUGGUCCUGGGAAAGAGCUGGUGUCCGUUAACUGCAUCGGUAAGACUAAAACACAUCUCCAUUUUGUACAGUAAGCUUCUAGAUGACAAUUAGUGCAGGUAUCUACGCCUGUUGUUGAGAAAAUAUUUUUUUUUAUGUUCAAAAUAAACAUAUAAAUAGAUGAGCUAGCGCUGUCAAUCAAUUGUAAUCAAAAAUCAAAAAAUUGUAAUCAGAUUAAUCAUCGAAUAGCUAUGGAAAUGUUUUAACAAGAAAUGUCCGAUAUAUCGGCCAACCGAUAUUAAUGGACAAUAUUAGCUUAAUUAUGUAAUAUCGGUGAGAAUCAGUAUCGGUUUUUCCUCCGAUAAUGAAAUCCCGAAGACGCAAUGUCUGGGUUUGGUGUGACCUAAAAUAAUUCUGAAGGUAAAGUGAAACUAUUAUUUGUAUUCUGCACAGUAUUGUCAUUGUGACACAGCAAUGAAAUGUUUACUCCGCCUUUAACCCAUACAGCUGCGUAUAUAUCGGUAUUGGUUGAUAUCGUAAUCGGAAAUGAAGUGUUUGGACAAUAUCGACAUUGGAUGUGUUUGGUUUUGUUUCUAUCCAAGCAAUCCCCGUUGCUGUCGGUGUUACUAAAUUGUUUCAGUUUCAGUUAUUGUAAACACUUUUCUUUCUGGGUUCUGUUUGGUUCAGAACUGACCAACGAUGUGGGGGCCAGCUCAAGAUCAGUUAUGGAGAUAAGUUGGAGAUAAGAGAGUCUGUCCGAUGGAUUUCUCCUCAAAGACAAGCGGUAAUCUUUGUCGUGCACUUAACUGCCACGGUCACGGUCACAACCAAACCUUAAGAACCAGGGAGAGCACAGAGAAGGUAAAUAUCAUGCUGGUGAUAAUGGGUGUUAACAUGGUGUUGAUUAUGAUCCUUCCUUAAAAUUACACAUUGUAUUCUAUUCAGAAUACCUGCAAUAUGUUUUUAAUUCUGGGUAGUAUUGGUUUUCCUGGAGAUAAUUUGUUAAACCAUAAAUUGUCUGCUUAUGCGUAUUUAAGAAAUCUACAAUAAUAGAAUGCAAUAAUUACUUAAUCUAAAAUUUUAAUAUAAUUGGUUUCCAUAUGUAAACUACAGUGGAACCUCGGGAUACCAGCACAAUCCGUUCUAGGACCGAGCUCUUAACUCGAUGUACUCGUAUCUUAAAUGAUUUUUUUCCCAUAAGAAAUAACACAUACAAAAAAAAUAAAAAUUACGUUCCGGCCCUUUAAAAAAACUCCCUUAUUAGUGCUAAUAAAAAUGGGAAAAAACAGUUUUUAAUUGCUAUAGAGACAUAGACACAUAAAAAAAAUAGUAUAUAAGGAUUCCUGUGAUGAGUUCUUAUCUCCGAGAGAAACGAUACAGUAGCGGCUAAUGGCGGCAUGUGCGAAGGAGGAAGGGAGGGAAGAGAGUUGGCCCGUACGUAGACACUUGAUUCUGUAGCGUACCUUAGAUGUACACUACGCAAAUGACAUAAACUUAGAAUUAGCUUAAUGUAAUUAUGUAAUUAUUUUUUACUUUAGGAUGGUACAUAUCACUACCAUCCUAACCACCCACUCUCUGAGGACUCAUCACUAUUAUGAAGAAUAAUGCACAAAAUAGAGAGAAAAUCACGUAGAUAACGCAAAUCGCAAAUACUACGUAUGUGGAGACGCUCGCAUCUCGAGGUUCCACUGUAAUUAUUGUUAUUGUUAGUAUCGGUUCUGGUAUUUAUUAUUAUAUUGUAUCAUAUAUUAUUAACUGAUUUUUUUAUAACUUUUUUUUUUAUUUUGGGUUUUGGGUUUUGUUGUAUACCUGCAAUGAUCUCGCUUUUCUUGUUGAAGAUAUGUUUUUGUUGCAGGUGAAUUUGGAAAUGUCUUUUAAAUGCGAACAAAAUCACAAAGACAUCAGAUACUGUGUCACUUCGAAAUCGUGUACAGGAGUCAGACCUGCUGAGAUCUACUGUAACGGUGAUGAAACGACACGCCUUCGCGACGGAUGACCUCAUAAGUCUUACAGAAAGAGAUGAUGUUAAAAAUGUAAAAAUGGUACCAACGCUACAAUCAACAACAAUGACUUUACACCUGUGUCUCUUUUUAGGGUAUGAGUAUCUUCACCCUGCCAGUAGUCCGCCAUCGACAGCGGGUCAUUAUGAGUGGCUGGUUUUGCCGAUUCUGAUCGUUGCAUUGAUCAUUUCAAUUUGCAUCGUCAAGAAAUUCAAAAAAACAUCUCUUUCCAAAAGUGAGUCAUUCAAUCAGUUGACAAGAUGAAGGCUAGUAGUAAGCUAUUUACGUGAAGUAGUUCACUUCGGUUAGGUUGUAAGCAAAAAAAUGAGAAGAGAAAAUGUUUUUAUGCGGCGCAUUCAGUGGAAUAGAAAUAAUGAUAGUGGUAACAGCAAAUACAGUUAGAAUAUAAAUAGCAUCUUAGAGAAAGGUUAAACAUAAUGUAAAUAUUUUAAAAAGCUAAUAAAUAUACCUUCAUAUUAUUUUAAUUUCUUCUGGUAGUUUUUGCAAUGUUCCGCCCUUUAGUUCCUCUGCCACUGGAGGUCAGUGUUUCUGGAUAUUAAGAAUACUUCACAGUACAACAGAACAACCCAGUAAGAUGGUGGUGGUUAAAAUAAAUGCCCACUGCUGUAUUUUUCAUUCAAGAAGAGAAAGUGCUGUCAAGGAAGGCAGCAGAGAUCGAAAGUGGAGAUUAUGAAGAAGUCCACAGUGACGCAAACGAAAUGGAGGAGUUGGACAAAAGAAGUGAGUGAUAAACGUUCAACCUUAUUUUUAUUUGUUUUAGAGUAAAUGUUAAUUUCUCUCAUCUUGGCUACGAAGAGAGCGUAUUGGUGAAUUACGGUAGUUCACGAUGUGUCUGUUUAACCUGAUCAUGCAGCGUCAAGAUCACCGACUGAGAGUCUUACAGCCGAACAAGCUCGCGGCUCCCCCUCUUUGACCAACGGUAAAGAAGCCAAGGCCCAGCCACUGAACUCAGAGCAUUUAGAGGGUAAGUGAAAUACUCUACUGAUAUACUGAGAAUCGGAUGCUUUUCGUAUAAGCUAAGGCACGCAGGAUGACUUUUCAAAACUAUUAUUUGAAACCCACGGCCUCUGCAACACUUUAAAAUCCACUAAAUAUUUUUAAA